UAGUCGCUUAGCAACGAGACGCUGGCGGGUGGGUGAGUGAGCGAGUGAGUGAGUGAGAGGGAGAGAGACGGUGUCGGUGCAGACGCGGCGGUUGGAUCCGCUCCUGUACAGUGCAGCACCGGACGGGGUUUUGCUCACGGGGACCGAGGCUUGAACCCGAAGCGAUGGCGGCCCAGUCUCCCGCCGGCUUCGUGCCCUACGGCAGGCGGACGCCCAGGGAGGCCCGGGAGCGGCACGAGCUGAAGCAGCAGGCGGCCGAGUACUACCGCGGCAACCAGGUGGUGCAGGAGAUGCAGAAGGUGCUGAACAGUAUGUUCAGCCAGAAACCGGGGGAUGUUUUCGGGCACUUGGGUGAUUAUUUCUCUGCAUUGGCAAACCCACCUUCAAUAACCAGGUUGGUUGGAAAAGAAGUGUUGGAUGCAAACAGUCAAGCAACAGUGCAAGUCGAAUUGCUAUGUACCAUUAGGAAUUUUGAGAAGAGUAUAUGUACCGCCACCUUGCCCAGUUUUUGCACUGCCCUUUCCCCAACAUCAUCCGACACUGGGGAAGCAAGUAAUGAGAAAAAAUAUGAAUCUGCUCGUAUAGCCUUGGAAUGGAUUAAUGAUCCACUAAACUCCAUGCUGACAGGAAUUUUGCCAGAUAACCAGGCACAAAUAGACAAACAGUUGAGUGAAUACUUUAAACAAAAAUUGGAAGAGUACGAAGAGCAAAAGAAAAAUGAACCUGAGCCAGUGGUGGUAGAAGAGCAUGAUGUGACCCCAAUUCCAGUUGUCAGUUCUUCAUUAAGCAAGAAAAAGAAAGCUCUCAAGCGCAAGAAGAGUGUUGCUGUGGAGAAGCCAAUUACACCAUUUGAGCCACCAGAACUGGUGCUCCCUGGUAGUGUGGCUUUUGGUGCAGUAUCACUAGUCUUUGCAAAAACAGUGGCCAAACUCAAAAACAUCCCCCUGUAUAUGUAUAUGUCCACAAUGAAUCAACAGGAAUCCCCAAAAGAAAUGCGAAUUCCGAUUCCUAUGAUAAGUUUGUUUAAUUGUGGGAUAUCAUCUGGAGGAAAACUAUGCUUAAUCAAGGAAAUGAUAGGCGUUCCAAAACCUGGUCUCAGUUUUAAACAGGGUCUUAAAAUGAUGAUCGAUCUUCACCAAAAAAUUCUAAUGUUGUCAAUACCACCACAAAGAAAUUUGCGUGAAGUAUUGUCUAGUGCUGGCUGUGUACUUAAAGCAUGUGAUCGACUGGAACAGCCUUUUGAAAUAAUCGAGGAAGCAUGCACUGCACUUGAAUUAACGCUAGGGGAAGACUUCCAUUUGAUUAUCAAUUGUGCUGCUCAUGAACUGAUGGAUUAUACCAAGGAGAAAUAUGAAAUUAUGAGUGGAGUACUAAAACAUCCUGAUGAAAUGAUGGAAGUGUAUGAGAACCUGAUUGCCAAAUACCCAUCAAUUAUUGGUUUGAUAGAUCCUUUACGAAAAGAGGAUGUUGAACAGUGGAUUUCACUGUGCAGUGCUUUUAGUUCCCAAUGUUAUCUCAUAGCUGAUGUAGCAUCAAAAUCAAUGGUCAAGCUCACAGCAGAGCAAAAUCUCAAUGGAGUCAAUUCCACUUGUUUGGUCUUGAAAUACGCUAACCAAUGCACACUAACUGACCUCACUGAAGUAACUAAAGUGAUAGAAGAGCAAGAUCGUAGAUUUAUAAUUGGCUGCACCGAGGGAGAGACCGCCGAUGACAGUUUAGCUGACAUUGCUGUUGCUCUAGGGGCUAGCCUCAUCAAACUGGGAGGUCUACAUCAUGGCGAGCGGGUGGCAAAAUACAACCGUCUGCUGGCUAUAGAGGAAGAAUUGGCCCACAGGGGAGCAUUGGGUCGUGUAUCCAAGCAUCAAUUUCCUGUCGUCGCCAAAGAGAUUCCAGAACCUGAAGCUGAACCAGAAAGUUAAACGCAACUUCAGGAAUUCUGUGCAGCUCUAAAGAUAGCACAAAAUUGUUCAUUGAAAAUGUUCUUUUACUUACAGUGAACAGGAUGUAACAGUGGAAAUAUCCUUGUUCAAAUUAUAGACCUUUUCUUUUCAGAUUUAAUUUUAAAAAAUUCAGAUGAAGAAAGAAAGCUGGUUGUGGAUAGUUACGUAAUUCCAUUCAAAUGGUAUCAUAGUUUGGUUUACAGAAAUUUAAGUAGCCCAUUUUUUUGCUGUGGUAACCAUUCUUUCAUUAUUAGAAGAGUAAUUUAUAUGUAUUUUGAUUUGUUAAGCGAUCAUAUGAACUCGAAUAACUCCACGUAAAUAUGUGGUGAACAAAAUCGUUUUGUAAUUACUAAUAUUGUGUAAUUUUAGGAAUGGAUAUAAUACCCCUAUAUUUUAUAGUUAAACCAGUUAAGUAAAAAUGAAAGAAAUUGAAUCAAAAUGACAGAUGCUAGAUUUAAUGGUAGUUGCUAUUCUCUCAUACCUUAGACUGUACUGAUGGAAAUGUCUCAUUAAUAAGUAUGUUUUAUAUUUAGAGCAAAAAUCACACUUCAAGUAAACUGGUCUCUGGACAGGUGUAUUCAGCUCUCAGUUAUGUUCUCAUGCAGUGUACAACGAGCAAGAAUAAUUCUUUAAUAAAUAUUCUUCAAAACAAAAA